AUGUCGGUUGGAGUGCUUCUGGAAUGCGAGCCCCAAAGCCGGGAUAUGUGUGUUCCAGGUGGGAGGAAGGGUCGUAGUGGCGAAAGACGAAGUGAUCCGGAAGGGCUGGCGGUGGUCUGUUGCGAAAACGCUGCCUGGUACAGUGUGACCUGCCGCAAAGAGAAGGGAGUCCAACGGAGAGAGAAUGAGCGUGAGGACGCAGGAGCGAGAGUUGUUCAAACGCGGAGAGGUGUCAAGUGGUAA